GCUUCUCGGAAGAUGCACUAUUAUAGAUACUCUAACGCCGAGGUCAGCUGCUGGUACAAGUACCUGCUCUUCAGCUACAACAUCGUCUUCUGGCUGGCUGGAGUUGUCUUCCUUGGAGUCGGACUGUGGGCAUGGAGUGAAAAGGGGGUGCUGUCUGACCUCACCAAAGUGACCCGGCUGCAUGGAAUCGACCCCGUGGUGCUGGUCCUGAUGGUGGGCGUGGUGAUGUUCACGCUGGGGUUCGCGGGCUGCGUGGGCGCCCUGCGGGAGAACAUCUGUCUGCUUAAGUUUUUCUGCGGUACCAUCGUGCUCAUCUUCUUCCUGGAGCUGGCCGUGGCCGUGCUGGCCUUCCUCUUCCAGGACUGGGUGAGGGACCGGUUCCGGGAGUUCUUCGAGAGCAACAUCAGAUCCUACCGGGACGACAUUGACCUGCAGAACCUCAUUGACUCCCUUCAGAAAGCGAACCAGUGCUGCGGGGCAUAUGGGCCAGAAGACUGGGACCUCAACAUCUACUUCAACUGCAGUGGUGCCAGCUAUAGCCGCGAGAAGUGUGGGGUGCCCUUCUCCUGCUGCGUGCCGGAUCCUGCGCAAAAAGUUGUGAACACACAGUGUGGAUAUGACGUCAGGACCCAGCUGAAGAGCAAGUGGGACGAGUCCAUCUUCACAAAAGGCUGCAUCCAGGCGCUGGAGGGCUGGCUUCCACGCAAUAUUUACAUCGUGGCCGGCGUCUUCAUCGCCAUCUCCUUGCUGCAGAUUUUUGGCAUCUUCCUGGCGAAGACCUUGAUCUCGGACAUUGAGGCGGUCAAAGCAGGCCAUCACUUCUGAGGAGCAGAGGUGAGCAAGCAGAGCUGAGCCACGCCGUGGAGGCCGGAGCCCUUCGCUGCUGUCAGCCCGACAUCCAGAGGGAGAGAAGUGGACACACCCAGCCAGAGUCAGCACCCUGUCUUCGGCAUCAGCGUGACGCGACCUCCCUAUUUCUGUUUGCUGGUGCUGAAGACCAAGGAGCUCCUCUGACCUGCACGGACUCGUGACAGAGACCCGCUCGCUCGGAAUUUACCCAGAGAUGGAGACCAUGUCUUUAAGCGGGGCAGGGACUCUGAGGGACAGAAGGUUCCCAUGGCUGUGAAAAGGGCCUGACUCAGUUUUCCUGGAGACUAAGUGUGUCUGCAGGGCACCCUGGCCUCCCCACUUGUGUUGUCAGUGCCGGCCUGGAGGGCGGCCACAUCUGCUAUGAGUGGGACCUGGGUGGGGGCCCAGCAGACACGGACGAGGCUUCUCCCAGCCGCAGAGAGGUGUCACCUGGAACUGGGGAGGGGAAGGGGAACAAGGGGAUCGUACCAGCGGAGCCUGUGUGUCCGCACAAGCUGGGGGGGUGUUUGUGGGUUCCUCUGCCACAUCCAAGGAAGCCUGAGCCAUGUGUGGACAGGCGCCACGGAGUGCCUCCUUGACUGCCCCUUCCAGGACAAGACCUGCCUCCAGUUUCCACAAUAUCAGGUCCUGAUGACACGGGGGGAGCAGGUCACGGGCAGGGUGCUCCUCUGAGAGUCGGCUCUCCCUUUCUGAAAGUGUGUAAAUAGUUUAUUUAUAGGGAUAAGAAUGUUCUCACACCAUUUCUUCAUUUCCUCUGGCAUUCCCUCUAAGCAGCCUUACACGAUGUCUGGGACUGAAGCCAUCCCUCUCAGUUCCCUCGUGUGUCUCAAGAACCAACCCCCUCAACUUCUCCUUUUCAACCCUCACAGCCCAGGUGCACACAUGUGCUCUCCCUUCCUCUUUGCACCCUAGCUCACAUGCACCCACUCCCUUCCCCAGCUAGGCCUCACCGUCUUCUGGUCUUGGUGCUACUGAAUCCAUCACCUGGAACUUGAAUCCUGACCCCACCUGCCACUCCCCCUACCCCCCCACUGCAAGGCCAGGGAGCCCCAGCCAGAGACGUCCAGCCUGGAACCUGUGACCAGGGCUUCUAUCAAGGCUACAUGCUAAGGGCCGCUGGCCGGCCUGGUGUUUGCCUCUCCCUGGAGAGCGUAACUGUGGCCUGGCCCCUGUGUCGAGCCUGAGACCCCAGCCUGCAGCUGGGUAGAAGGUCAGGAUGGUUCUUCUUUGGCUAACUUUUGUGGUGACUCCCCCCUCCACUGUCCCCAGUCAGGGAUCUGUGGUGAUCAUGUCCCUCCUCCCUGGCAGGGCUGUCCUGGGGCUUGCUCUUGGAAAUGAAGUCUGUCUUAUGUACCGAAGGUCCCCCCGCCGGGGGUGGCUGGCGUGUCUGUGCGUCUUUGGCUGGGCUCCUCUCUAACGCUUCUCUCGACCCCGUACCAGUUCUGUCCUCCUCGUUCAGGGACUUGAGUGCUACCUUCACUGACUUGCCGAAGUGUACAUGCUAGUGUGGUGUAUACUGGUGGGUGUUUGUGGAUGAUGUUACGAUUUUUGUUUCUGGGUUUUUUUGUUUUGUUUUUUUUGUUUUGUUUUUGUUUUUUGUUUUAUUUCUUUAUAAUUUUCUCUGUAGAUUAGAGGAAGAAGAAUGCUUGUGUUUUCAGGAAGUGUGAUGCUUUUCUUUGACUGCCAAACUCUUUUAUGGAAUAUAUCUUUAUAUUAA